AUGCUGGCGUUCAAAAGGUUUGCUUCCUCAACUGCUCAUAAACGUGAAUUGCAAGAGUUCUUCACCUACCAUACGACAAAGGCAGAGCUAAAACCAUGGAUAUACCGUCCUAAAAAUGCAAACAUUCUGCUGACUAUGGAUUUGAAAGAUCCUGAAACUAAUGCCCCAUUAAAACCACGUUCUCCUGUUCAACCAUUGUCGAGAAAAGUUCUAGAUCAAUACGUCAACUCCAUAGAACCCAAUUCCAGAGAAUUGGUGGAUUGGUUGCGGGGAUGGACAGAUGUCAGCAUUAGAAAGCGUGAAUUAUGGAAUUACAUCUCUAGCGGUCACUUGCAAAACAUGCUGAUGCAAUCUUUUUUCAAAAUUGGUUCAUAUGCAAGCCUUGUGAAUACACUCUAUUCGAGACAAAAAAAGUUUGUAGAAGCCAAGAAUCAGGAUGCCUUUGAUGUUGAACGCUUCUUCAAUACCAUUAUCGCUUGCAACUUACACAGAAAUCACGAAUUGGGUUACAAAACAGGCGACGUUGCUUUAAGGAAAUUGGAAACUGCAUGGAACCAUGUUACUCACAGGGACAACGAAACUGGGUUGGCAAACAGUUUGAUUGGAGCACUGGUCAAACAACAAGGUAUCACUAAUGUACCAAAAUUGAAAGGCUUAUCCGCUAAGCCAAUAAAUUUGCCCUCCUUACCAGAGAAUGACAGUCGCGGUAACACUGCAGCAAGUAUAAACGAACAGAAAUUCACUUAUAUGAUCGCCAGAACUGUACUAGAAUUUGACCCAGAGGCUGAUCAGGCAAUCAAGACAUUUGUAAAAGCCUAUCAAGCACGUCUUAAAGAAUUAGGCAAAGAAGACGUUUAUGAAAAUAACGUUGCCAUCAUGAAACAGAAUUUCGCAGCUAUAAAGGCCAAAGAAGCUAAAGGAGACACAGCACAAGCAGAAGCUCAAUCCGAAGAAGAAUCUCCAGAAUCGAAGGCCUAA